GUCAAAGUAGCCAUGACAUCAGUUAAUGAAAAACUUGAAAUAAAUCCUUGGAGAAGUUUUGUUGAUGUUAAUGCUUCAGAUGUCAUGCUAGUGCUUCUAGAUGGAAGCAAAUCAACAAGCUGGGAAGAUGGUGGCUGGGGAGCCUGGGAUGAAGGAGAAUUACAAGAACCUGAAGAAGAGGAAUCUAAUUCCAAGAACCAGAGAAAUUACUGGCUUCAGGACUGUGUAUUGUCCUUGUCACCAACAAAUGACCUGAUGGUAAUAGCUAAUGAACAGAAAGCAGUCUUCUUAGUGCCUAAAUGGAAGCACAGUGACAAGGGAAAAGAGGAAAUGCAGUAUGCUGUUGGCUGGAGUGGCUCUCUGAAUGUUGAAGAAGGUGAAUGUGUGAGUAGUGUAUUGUGUAUCCCAUUGGCAAGUCAGAAGAGGAGUUCCACAGGCCGUCCUGACUGGACCUGCAUUGUGGUUGGCUUCACCUCUGGCUAUGUUCGUUUUUACACCGAGAGUGGAGUACUGCUUCUUGCACAACUUUUAAAUGAAGAUCCUGUCCUGCAACUUAAGUGCAGAACCUACGAAAUUCCCAGGCAUCCUGGUGUCACAGAACAGAAUGAAGAACUAAGUAUCUUGUACCCAGCAGCAAUUGUGACAAUUGAUGGUUUCAGCCUCUUUCAGUCCCUUCGUGCAUGUCGCAAUCAGGUAGCCAGAGCUGCAGCAUCUGGCAAUGAGAAUGUUCAGCCUCCACCAUUAGCUUAUAAGAAAUGGGGCUUGCAAGAUGUGGACACGAUUGUUGACCAUGCUAGUAUUGGCAUCAUGACACUGUCUCCUUUUGAUCAAAUGAAGACUGCCUCCAAUAUAGGUGGAUAUAAUGCAGCUAUAAAAAACAGCCCACCUGCUAUGUCUCAGUAUGUUACUGUGGGAUCCAAUCCUUUCACUGGUUUCUUUUUUGCCCUGGAGGGUAGCUCACAGCCACUGUUGUCUCAUGUUGCCUUAGCAGUUGCAAGUAAACUGACUUCAGCAUUAUUUAAUGCUGCCAGUGGCUGGCUUGGUUGGAAGAGUAAACAUGAAGAAGAACCUCCCCAAAAACAGAAACCAAAAGUUGAACCUGCAACCCCAUUGGCAGUGAGAUUUGGACUUCCAGAUUCCCGUCGCCAUGGUGAAAGGAUAUGCCUUUCUCCAUGUAACACUUUGGCAGCAGUAACAGAUGAUUUUGGAAGGGUUAUUUUACUGGAUGUUACAAGAGGGCUUGCAGUUCGCAUGUGGAAAGGAUACCGCGAUGCAGAAGUUGGUUGGAUACAGACUGUGGAGGACCUUCAUGAGAGAGAAACUGAGAAGAUGGAUUUUUCUCCUUUUGGAAUUGCUCAGGGUCCAAGCAGGGUAGCGCAGUUCCUUGUGAUCUAUGCUCCGAGGAGAGGCAUUCUGGAAGUGUGGAGCACGCAGCAAGGGCCUCGGGUUGGAGCCUUCAACGUGGGGAAAUACUGUAGGUUGUUGUAUCCUGGUUAUAAAAUAAUGGGUCUAAACAAUGUGACCAGUCAGGGAUGGCAGCCCCAGACUUACCAGAUAUGCCUUGUUGAUCCUGUCUCUGGAAGUGUAAAAACUGUCCAUGUACCUUUCCAUUUAGCACUGAGUGAUAAAAAGAGUGAGCGAGCAAAGGAUUUGCAUCUAGUGAAGAAGUUAAAUGCUUUACUCAAAGCUAAAACCUCAGAUCCGGAUUUGAUUGAAGCUGAAGCAAAGGAAUUAAUACUUGAUAUCAAAUACCCUGCUACCAAGAAACAGGCUCUGGAAAGUAUAUUGACAAGUGAACGUGUGCCUCUUUCAUCUCUCACAAACAUCACUCAGACAUUAAUGGAUAAUUUAAAAAAACAGGAGCUUGAGUGUGUGGAUGAAGGACUACUGCAGUUCUGUGCGAACAAGUUAAAGCUGUUACAUCUGUAUGAGCUAGUUAGCAGACUAAAUUCCCAAAGCAUAGAGAAAGACACCCCACCCUCAGAUAACGACUUGGCUAAACUGCUUCGGCUAGAAGAAAAAGAUUUUCAUAGGCUCGAAACUUUACUGGACAACUACAAGAAAGAAAACACCCAAACUACUGCUCAGGUUGCGGAUGAGAAGGAUAAUAUAUUGUCUGUGAAAAAGUUUUUAGAAUAUUUGGAAUAUGAAAAGGAUGUGAUUAAUGUGAAAAAUAUGGAAGAUGAAGAAUAUGUGGCUUUAGGCAGUUUUUUCUUCUGGAGGUGUUUGUGUGGGGAGAGUUCCACAGAGGAAAUGUGUCAUGCAUUGGAAGCAGCAGGUUUUAGCCCUCAAAUCUUGUUGUCACUCCUUCUCAAUUUAUGGCUUUCCAAGGAAAAAGAUAUUCUAGACAAACCAGAUUCUGUCAGUUGCCUUCACACUAUGCUGUCACUUCUGAGCAAAAUGAAAG